UGUCCCCCCAUAGACACAAAAAGUUGUGACAACCUUAUAUGAUUCACUGUAUCUCUCACAAACAAACAUCACGCAUGCUAUUGUUGAACUCAAUCUCUUGAAUUGAGGAGUGCGCGCACAUCUAGAUCAGCGUAUCAGCCAGCUGCAAUGAGAUAAUAGGAGACACAGAGAGAAGAGUACUUGAUCUCCAGGCAUCAUCAGCACGGUGGUUGAGCGAAGAAGGGGAAUAAUAGUGGAGGUGGAGAAAGAAACACAUGGAAGGCACAGCAGAGUCGAAGGACGGCCAGGCCAAGGACUCAGGAAGGUGGGGGAAGCUAUCUACAGGAGGAAUCAACUCGUAUAGUGGUCCUCCUUCAAGCUGAUCUAUCAUUGCAGCUGAUGAAAUAACGACGCUGCUUACAAUGCCAUCCGCUGCACGUACCAUAUAUUCCUUUUGCCUAACGCCUUAAGGUUGAAUGCCUCCCUCUUCCCUUGGCAUCUGAAGCCACAAGUCACAGACAUCUUACUUCCUCUUCCAUGGACAAAAGGAGUUGCAGACUGCAGCAGGAGACCACCCACCGUGAAUCCGAAGAAGUCAGUAGCAAGGAGUGGGAGUUCAUCCACAUGUCGGAGCAAGAGAAAGAACUCAUCCGCAGGAUGUAUCGGCUUGUUGGCGACAGGUGGGAGCUCGUAGCAGGGCGAAUCCCGGGGAGGAAGGCGGAGGAGAUCGAGAGGUAUUGGAUAAUGACGCAUGGCGAGAGCUUCGCGGAGAAGCGGCAGAAGAGGGAAGCAGGUGAGGGCGGGCGGUGUGAGGGAAGAAAAGCACCAUGAUGAUGAGGUGAUGCAGCUGCAGCUGCAGCUGUUGUGUUCUUGGUUGACUGCUGCUUUCUUAAGAGACAUGGCGAGAUAGGACUGUAUCCCUUCCUCCACCAUUUCCUACCUCUGCAAUCUGCAAUCUGCAAUCUGUAAUCACCAUGGCCCCCUGGAACUCGGAAGUUUAUGCCUACAACACUGGCAGUCGCUGAG